AUCACUCAGUCAAGAUCAGCCUGGAUAUUAUCGUUUAGUAGUGUCGUACUAUGUAGUGAUCCAUCAUAUCGGGGAUAUUUACUAUCAAUUCAUUUACGGAACAUUCCCAGCUGAUACAUACGGACCGGCGGUGGUGUGAAUUUUAAUACAUUGAAUUUCACUACAGAUGCCUCGACAGGAACAGACUGGUGUAAUUCUACAGCUUUAAGUGAUCAGGUAACCAGAAUCUUUCCGUGGCAGAUAACAAGGACGACGGACGGACACACAUGAAAAUACAGAUGCAAAUGCUUCAUCAGACAGUCCUGUUUCAGGAUGAUCAGGAAUUCCACAACUACAAAAUGAGAGACUAUCAUCGUCCAUCGUUAGACAGUAUAUCUGAAAACAACGAUGAUAAUAACAACGAAAGUAGAAAAAACUGUAGCAGUUCAUCGCUCGUAGAGGCACCUCUGAUCACAGUAACCGGAUGUGACGUAGUGGACGAUAACGGAAAUGAAAGUGCGUCAAAUAGUUCUUCACCAGCAAAUAGUGAUUCUGAUCUCGGACGUUUGAAAUUAACAGCAACAAGAUUACGACUAGGUACAAGAAGAGCUAGUUAUAUAGAAUGGAGAGAGAAAUAUUUAGAUCGGCCUCGUAGACGAUCCAAGCCGGAUCUUAAAUUAGAUUCCGACGAAAAUGGAAACGACAACGAUAAGUUAACGGAUGAACGGAAAGAACGGAUAAAUGAAGCCCUGGAAUGGCUGAGAACAGAGCUGGAGGAGAUGCGUUCACAGGACCAAGCGUUGGCAAGGACGCUGCUUUCGUUACGUCACGAUAUUCAUCAACUCAAACUCCAGAGGAGUUGUGAUGCACACAAAGAUAUGCUGGAGGAGGUGAAACUCGAUAUGGAGGACAUUCAAGAAAUACGAGAUAUAUCAGACAGCCCCUCAGACGUUCUGGAAAACCCUUUCAAACAUUUGGGAGUGACUCCAAUGAAUUUAUCCGCACGAAGAUUUUCAAUAUUUUGAUAUUCUGUUUCUCAUUGUUAUUGGUUGUGAGUGGUUUCUGAAUCAGUAAUUAACAUAGAACUUGUGUAUUGAAAUCAUGAUGAAAUCUGCCGACGGAAAACAUGUAAUAUUUAUACAUUCUAGAAGUCGAGGCGCACCUCAAUGCGCCGAGAGUCUAGCUUCUAACAGCACAAUGGAGAAUUCAUCAGAAUCAUUCUCUGGUCAUUUUUUCUUAACAGCAGAUCGCCAUUUUAACAGUCUCUGUGUUCAAUUCUUAACUUCAUCAUCGUCUUCGACAGGGUGGGAGAAUGUGUACACAAGGCAAGAAAGCUUUAUCUUACAUCGAUGAAGCAAUAACAUACCGAAUGUAUUUAAUAUAAGACCAAAUGGAGAAUUAUUCAUGACGAUAUAAAAAUAGCACAAGGAUGGUACUUGAUUGUGAAUAUUGUAUUGCAUGAUAGUUGAUUUCCCUGUAAGCGAACACUACAGGUCUGUGGUUCGAUUUCUAGCAGUUACAGUGCGAAUGUUCUAUAAAUAAAUUGUAUGAUUCAAAUGUG